ACACUGGCAGGGGCUAAAGCAGCACUGGGUCCAACAGCAGGAUGCAUUGGUUAUGGCAUGGCAAAGGCAGCGGUUCAUCAGUUGUGUCAGAGUCUGAGCGCACCAAAUAGUGGUCUUCCUCCGGGAUCUGCUGCAGUAGCAAUACUUCCAGUGACUUUGGAUACACCCAUGAAUAGAAAGUUCAUGCCGGAUGGUGAUGUCAGUUCCUGGACACCGCUGGAGUACAUAUCAGAGCUGUUCUAUAAGUGGACUACAGGAGAGAACAGACCUCCUUCAGGUACUCUGAUGCAGCUGGUUACUGCAGACGGAGAAACGGAGGCUACACCGGUGUUAUGAUUAAUAUAAUGUAUGAUAUUCAAAAUCCUUCAAAUCAAGCCAAUAACCCACUACUGUAUCUGCAUUAGUGACACUUUUUGUCCUAUUGCCUUUUUGUUUACAUGUAAACAUCAACAUACUGUAAAUUGUAGCGCUUAAAAAUAGGAUGAUUGCAUAAAAAUGUCAAAGAUAUUGUUUAGUAAAUGUGAUGACAAAAUAGCAAUGAAACUGUUCUAUUUUGAU